AUGCCUCUGAACGAUUUUGACCUGGAAUGGAAAAGGCUACUCCGAACAGUAGUCCUCCCUCCUAUUGGUCUCGGAAAUGCCAUUCUAGCUCCCUGGAUCAUCUGGGCCAUAUGGAAAGCAAGAAACCAAAAAUUAUUUCAAAACAGAACUUUCUCUGCUCAAGAAACAGUAACCAAAGCAAUCUGUGAUGCUAAAGAGUGGGCGACAGCCCAAGUACCAGUCAAGAUUUGUGAGCAGAGGAGGAAGAUCCAACCCAACAGAUCGACAACUGAGAUUACCUGUAAAUCAGAUGCAGCGUGGAGGAAAGAUCAACAGGCCGCGGGUCUUGCUUGGAGUUUCUACCGUAACCAAAAGGAGCGCUUUAGCUCCCACAAUCAACCAGUAGCGUUUGUGAAUUCGUCCCUCAUGGCAGAAGGACUAGCACUGCGCGCAGCAAUGGAACAAGCCGUUGCCCUUCAGAUGAGACGGGUGGUCUUUGAAUCUGACUCUCUGCAAUUGGUGACGGCAAUUGCAGAUGGAUCAAGCUUCUCUGAUCUUCACGGCAUCCUCUCUGAUAUCUAUCUCCUUUCAAUUUCCUUUGAUUUUGUAUCGUUUAGUUUUUGUCGCCGAGAGACACUCUGUUUUGAGGAUUCUGCUGCAAAAAACUCUCUAUCAAACUUUGUUCUGACCCAGACCAUUGAACCGGUCUUGGUUUAG